AUGCGUAAGUUUAGUGUACAGAAAAACCCAUCAAAGCCUUUUUCUGCAAGCGUUACAGAGCUGAAAAAGUACAUAGGUAUCUGUCUGCUAAUGGACAUUGCCCCACUGCCGCAUACUCGAAUGUACUGGGAAACUGAAUUUCCUAAUGAGCCUGAUUUAGGCGCAAGUGCCAACAUUGUUAUCCGGCUUGCAAGGUCUAUUCCCAGGGAUAAAAAUUACAAAUUAUUCUUUGAUAACUACUACCCAUACCCUGAAUUGAUUACGUAUCUUGCCAAUGAAGGAAUAUAUUCUAUGGGAACCGUGAACAAAGCACGACUAGGCAAAUCUAUACAAAUACCAUCAAUGAAAGAUCUAAAAAGUAGCAAGAAGGAAAGAGGAUAUUCAGAGGAAUGUGUGUGCAAUGUAAAUGGCACAGAUAUCGUCGCAGUUAUGUGGUACGAUAAUAAACCAGUGGUGUUGACUUCAUCUUUUAUUGGAAAAGAUCCUACUCAAAAAGUAAGGAGGUUUUGUAAAAAACAAAAGAAAUAUAUACUCGUAGAUAUCGAUUGCCCUCAAAUUGUUCGCAACUACAAUUAG